CAUGAUGACCGGAAGCACUCAGGUCUUGACUACAAGACCCUGGAGGAAGCCAUGGUCACAAUGAAGAAUCUGGCAGAGAAGCUACCCUCUCAAAGCUCCACGCAAUCCCCUGAGCAUGCCGACAUGGCCCGUCUGGCAUCUCACUGCCGCGGUAUUGCUAACGACAUCAUUCGUCGCUUGAACAAGACCAAAGCCAAGAAGCGCACCUUGAUACAGUCCCUUAAAUCCGCGUUUCUCACCAUGCGGUCUCGCAGCGAAAUCAACCAGUUGCAGGGGAGACCGAAUCAAUACCGCAAUCAACUCAGUCUCCAUCUAACAGUCAUUCAGAGGUACUUGUGAAUAUGGAUAUGAUGCUCCCGACCAUACAUCCGCAGUCUCUUCUAACACCUGAGAAACAGAAUGGAACACAAGGCUGAUUUCGCCGCAUUGUCUCAAUCUCACGACUUGCUUACCAAAAGUAUCGAUGAUACUCGAGUCUUGCUGCAAAACCUCACGCUCUUGAUCAUAGAGCGGACGAGAAGGGAAAAGCAGCAGCGGAUCAUUGAAGCGCUCCGCUUGGCCGAGAUGGACGAAAGAUUUCUCGAUGAAUUGAAUGCCAUUGAAAACACAUGCGAAUGUAUCUUCAGUAUCCCCGAUGACUCUGGCUCCAGUAUAGCGAGGGCGAAAACUGUCUUCAAGCGGUGGUUGUUGUCCACUGAUGUCAAUGAUGGUAUCUUGCACAUUUCUGGGCCCCCAGGUUCGGGGAAGAGCACCUUGAUGAAUUUCAUUUGUGACCAUACACGGACAAUAAACGAGUUGACUUUCUGGGCUGGUACUAGCCGCAUCGUUGUAUCCCGUUACUUCUUUCGGGGCCACGGCCAUGUCCUCCAGAGAACGAUCCGAGGUUUGGUUCGGGCCCUGUUGGCCACCGUUUUAAGCCAGGUUCCGGACGAGAUCCCGUGUGUUUUCCCCGACCGCUGGAAGAAUUGGGAAAAUGACAUCCUCUGGACUGCUUCCGACGUCAAGCUAUCUGACCAAGAAAUCCGUCCGGCUUUCGAUCUCAAGAUUGGCAACGGCAAUGCUUACCACAAGCACAAAUUCUGCUUCUUCAUCGAUGGCCUUGACGAACUAAAUGACGAUGGCAACACUUACUCGGACCUUGUCGAUCUCCUGCGAAAAUGGGUGGACGAAUCCAGGGGAGCGAUCAAAAUCUGCGUGUCCAGCAGAGAGCUCCCAGUUUUCCAAACUCGACUUCCUCCCAACACAAGAAUAAGGCUACUACAAGAUUGAUUUUACUCGAGUCGCCAUCGAAACGCUAUUUCGCAAGUCACUCGCAAAGGCAUUUGACUUCCGCCUUCUUGAAGGCAGUAAGAGACCUGAAUUUGAAGAAAUCGAAAGGAACGUGGAUAAGUUCGACGGGUCAUAACAUUCCUCCAAUAUUCAGCAGAAGAUCAUCUCUCUCAUCCGAC